GAAUAUGAGCGUUGAGUUCAAAGUUCUUGGGAUAGUAGGUGUAGGGCUAACCGUUUCUGGGAAUAUAACAUACACAACACAGUCUGAUGAAAAUAAAACAAGGCACGACAUUCCUAUCAGAUUUGAAUUACCUCUCGCGGUGUUUAUGCUAAAUAUACCUCGUACAAGUCCCGAACAAUUUGCUAAUUUAAUUUCUCAAACUGAUUUUCCAUUUACUGGAUCAACAACCAUUCGUUUUGAUGCAACGAUCCACUCUGUUGAACAAGCUUUCCAGAAUGAAAUGAUACGAUUAACGUCAUUUGCUACUGGGACUCAUAUCGUAGAACAAGUGCCGGGGGCGAUAACAAUCUAUGGUAGGAGUGUUCAAGGAUACCAAGUUGUAGGGUUGGCCAAGCUACUUGCCGAACAACAAUUGAUGUUGGAAGAAGAUGAAUCCAGCAACAUGAAAGCAAGCAUCAAGGUUGAGCUUAAAUGUACAGAUCAAGCAUUCGUGGAUGGAUUAAUUAGAGAAAUUGAACAUUUGUUUAGCGAAGAAUUAUGA